AUGGCCGCCGCCGCGGCGGUGCGGGUGGCCCUGCUGAGCGGGCGCUCCGCGGAGCUGCGGGUGGCGCCCGAGGAGUCGGUCGCGUCCCUGCGCGGCCGCGCGGAGGCCGCGCUCGGCGUGCCGCUGCAGGCCGCCGCCGGGGCCUGGACCACUGCCCUGCAGGACUAG